CCCAUUGGCGCCGCCAGUCAAAAGGUCAAAAUCAGUAUGUCACCAAUUCUGGUGCCACGCCAAAACCCACCGCCCACCGCUUGAGGGAAAGUGCGAAAAGCCGAAAACCGAUAAAUAGCCAAGAAAAAAGCCAAAAAAGGGACAAGAAGGAAGAACUCAAGGAAGAGAAAAGAAACUAUUAAAAAUGGUCACUUUGGUGGUGGCAACAACUCUUGAUCCAGCCUCCAUCAACCCGGCCAAGGCCCUUCUGACCAUGCCCGGUUGGCAUCACCCUGGCCUCGUAUUUGAUGGAAUCAGAAGCUUCAUCAAUGGAGAUAAAUUAAGGUUGUUGGAGCAUGACAAGAGCAUAAUUGCGGAGGAUGAUUUGGACCAACGUUGGGAAAACGCUACUGGUGAAAGAGUUGAUGAGAUCAUAUUCCUUAGCAAACAUACUGCUGUUUCCAACCUCCCCGCCCUCACCAUCCACCCAAUUGGAAUACCACAUUUGAAAGAGGGGGAUGAAGCACCACAAGGAGGGAGACCAGGAUGGGCAGCGCCACCGAGUCCUCGGAUGGGGCAAUGGCUGAUUCUUUUGAAGAAAAUUGCUCAAUCUCAUAAUUUGAUUCCUGAAUUUGAGAUUACUUUGGAAGCUACUCAUCAUGGGCCUGUGACAAGUAAACCUACAAUGUUCAUUGAAAUUGGUAGCACAGAAGACUAUUGGAAGAGAGAGGAUGCAGCUCAAGUGAUUGCUCUACUAGUUUGGGAAGGACUGGGAUUUGGAGAAGAAGCUUCUAUUGGGAAUUGGAGCAGCAAGAGUGAAAGGAAAAAAGUCCUUCUUGGCAUUGGUGGAGGGCAUUAUGUACCAAGACAUAUGGAUAUAAUAUUGAAAGAUGGUGCCUGGGUGGGCCAUCUUCUAUCCGGAUAUUCCUUGCCAAUGGAAGAUCCUGGCCAAUCAAAAGGAAAACCUAGAGCUGAAGAUAUAGGAGGCACUUGGAAACAAGCCAUCAAAGUUGCUUUUGAUGCUACUGAAGCCGCUUUCCCUGGUGGGGAAAUUUUGGCACAUCUUGAUCAAAAGAGUUUUAAGAGCUGGCAAAAGAAUGCCAUUAUUGAAUUUUUAGGUCAGCAGAACAUAAAAGUUGGCAAGCCUGCUGAUUUUCACUGAUUUUGAAGAUUGCAGUCAACUACAUUGGAUUUGGAUUUCCUCUUAUAUUGAGCUUCCUCAACCCCCUGGCCGAGUAUCAUCAUCCCACUCAAAGUACAAACGACAGACUACGGGACCAUGUUGAUGCAUUCUAGAAGUGUAGUAUCUCUAUUCUUGCAUUUUUCCCCAUAAGCUGAUUCUUUUGCGUAGAAUCAUGUUAUCAAAUGUUAUAGUACGCUAGAUAUAGUAAUUAGCUCUGAAGUGUAAUAGCGGAAUACUGGGAAUAUGAGAGAAUUUUGUUGACCAAUAAUCCUACUUUUACAUGAGCAACCUGUUUAGAAGCAAUUGGAUUCUUCUUUCUUUUGGAUGGCAUGUAUUUUCAGCAUCAUUCAGAAAUUUACA